UUCCGUUCACUUAUUUAUGACUGCUUGUAGACCUUUAAAUCAAGCUAGAUUUCCUCUUUGUUUUCAAAAACCAGGAAAACCCCUUCUCUCUGUACCAACAUCUCCUAUGCUUCCUUGAUUUCCUCCUCUAUUUGCACUCUGUUCAAUUUCUGUGCAACAGAGAGGGUUUUUCUUUAUCAAUGGCAACUCCAGAGAAUACAACAGAAAAGGGUUUUCUCAAAGCCAAGACUCCACAAGGCACGUCAACCCCAGGUCAACCACAGAGGAGUUUCUUGAUGGCUCAAAUCACACUAAGGAUUUUAGCCAUUGCUUUCACAGUGGCUGCUAUCCCUAUAAUGGUUACCGCGAAGGAGCCAGUCUCUUUUAUCGGGCUGACCAUUGCACCACGUUACAGCCAAAGUCCUGCCAUGAAGUUUUUGCUUGGUGCAGAUGCAACUGUGUGUGCCUUCUCUGUGUUGUCGCUGCUCUAUCUAUGGGCCCUGAGCCGUUCAGGAUCACAGACUACCAGUUAUUUCCUUUUGUAUUUGCAUGAUAUGGUGAUGACGGUGUUGAUGAUAUCUGGAUGUGCAGCAGCAACAGCUGUUGGUUACUUGAGUAAAUAUGGUCAACGAGAGGCCUUUUGGAAUCCUUUUUGCAGUUACGUGACCAAGUUCUGCCACCAAAUGUUGAUAUCUACUGUGCUAUCUUACCUUGCUUUCUUUUGCUACCUUGCACUCAAUAUUUUAGCUGCUUACAAACUCAUGUCUCAUGCAACUGAGUGACUUAUGAGCAGUGAAGAGUAGAGGCUGACCAGGAAAGUUAAACAAAGAGGAAAUAAGGUAAAAAAGGAGCUUCUGGUUGACAGCUGAUUUCUGGUCCUGGAUGCCUUUUGUUUUACAAGAUGAAAGAGGAGUAGACGUGUCUUCCUUUUAUUCUGCUCGCCAUUGGAGGAAUUAAAAGAAUAGAUCAUGUAAACGAUUGUGUUUUGGAUAGUUGUAAAUUUUUAUUACAAGGGCAGCUGACUAAAAUUUCGUGAACCUUUUGAGUUUUAAGGGCAUUUGAAUCAUGCUUUCUCA